AUGAUGUGGGCCACGCACGGGCUGGCGGUAGCGCUGGCUCUGAGCGUGCUGCCUGGCGGCCGGGCGCUGCGACCGGGCGACUGCGAAGUGUGCAUUUCUUUUCUGGGAAGAUUUUACCAGGACCUCAAAGACAAAGAUGUCACAUUCUCACCAGCCGCUAUCGAGAAGGAACUUACCAGCUUCUGCCGGGAAGUAAGAGGAAAAGAGAAUCGGUUGUGCUACUACAUCGGGGCCACAGAUGAUGCAGCUACCAAAAUCAUCAAUGAGGUGUCGAAACCCCUAGCCCACCAUAUCCCUGUGGAAAAGAUCUGUGAGAAGCUUAAGAAGAAGGACAGCCAGAUCUGUGAGCUGAAGUAUGACAAGCAGAUUGACCUGAGCACAGUGGACCUGAAGAAGCUCCGUGUUAAAGAGCUGAAGAAGAUCCUGGACGACUGGGGGGAGAUGUGCAAAGGCUGUGCAGAAAAGGCCGACUAUAUCCGGAAGAUUAACGAACUGAUGCCUAAAUAUGCCCCCAAGGCAGCCAGUUCACGGACUGAUUUGUAGUUGGCCUGAUCCCCAUUGCACUUGGAGGGGACAAAAAACAGUUCCUCUGUCUCUUCCCAAAUAGCCUUUUUGUAAUUUAUUUUUUAAGUGGGCUCCUGACAAUGUCAGGUGUGAAGCCUGGAGCUUUCCUGAUGAUGCUGGCUCGACAGUACCCCUGUGCUGGGGGUACACUUCAUUCUGUUGCUGGUUUACGCUAGGACUUGAAAGUGUCUGGGUUUUUUUUUUAUUAAAAGAAAAAAAUUUCUAG